AUGAAUGAGUUACUAAAGGUAUUCCUCAUUUUGAAUUUAUGUGCAAUAACUUUGGCCUGGCAUUCUUGCGAAUUCAACGAUAAAUCGUUGAAUAAAACAAUAGAGAACAAUGUGACUAUUCAAGCUGAAUGUAUGUAUUUGACUAGUCCACUUGAAUGGAGUGAAUUUGAUCCGAAUAAUUUUGAUGGUUUUUACUAUAAUUCGACAAGAUCUAUCCCAUUGACUCAUCUACAUAUCAAACGCUUAUUUUUUUCUGAUUUGCCACCACGAAAUACUUCGGCUGUCAAGCACAUCAUUAAUUAUUGGCUUGUAAACGGUGGUGGUGGUUCUCAAUACGGAAUGGAAGCAUUUGGUGUAUCUAUGUUGAGACAAAUUAUUCUAGAUAAAUAUCAUAAAACAUAUCCUCAGACACAUCCAAUAAUGUAUCUAUUUCAAUACAGAGGAGCAGGAUUGAGUACACCGUCGAUUCAUUGUUAUACUGCGAAAACAUGGAUUGAUUGCGCAAAAGAAUUAAUUGAAACAACUGUACCAACUUCUGCCAAUGAAUCAUUGAAAAUAAUCAAUGCUAUGACAAAUCAAAAUAUUGCCCAAGAUUUACAAUAUCAAAUUCAAUAUUCAAUCAAUGAAUCGCAAUCCAUAGCGUCGACAUCAACUUAUGUAUACGGACUAAGUCAAGGUAUAAAUUGGUAG